AUGAGAUCCUUAGUUCAAGAUCAGAAUGCACCUAAACCGCGCAAUUCGUAUUCCGAAAGAGAUAUCGCUUUCGUCUUAAAGCAUAUCAGAUGGAUUAUGAACUCGCUCGGUAUUUGGCCAGCUGUGCUGAAAGGAACCGGACGCUUUCUACCGACUGUCAUGAAAGUACUAUGCAAUUUGGUAUUGCUCUUCGCCAUAAUACCGUUUAUCCUUCAUCUAGUGUACGAGCUACGGGAAACGGUGAUGCGGUUGCAAUUACUUGGUUGGCUGAGUUUCUGUUUAGUGUCAUUGUUAAAGUACUGGGUUCUCACAGCGCGUAGGCCGAUAAUUGAGUGUUGUAUCGAACAAAUACAAACUAAUUGGAAACAGGUGGAAUUGUGCGAAGAACGAAAAUUAAUGUUGGAAUAUAGUAAAAUGGGUAGAAAUCUGACGAUAAUCUGCCUUGUAUUCAUGUAUACCAGUGGAGGUAUCUUUCAUACGAUCACGCAAUACGCGGUCGGCACGUUCAUUGAUGAACACAAUCGCACGAUCAAGCCACUAGUGUAUCCCAUUUACAGUGCUUUGUAUGACGCGCAAAGAAGUCCGGUUUAUCAAUUAGUGUACAUCGUGCACUGCAUGUGCGGAUAUGUGAUUUAUUCUGUAGUGUCUAGUACAUGUGGAUUAGCCGCGCUUUUCGUAACCCACAUCUGUGGACAGAUCGACAUCGUCAUAUCACGACUGAACAAUCUCGUCGAUCGUAAACAAAAUUCCAAUCCAAACGGACGAUUAAUAGAAAUUGUCGAACACCAUCUACGAACAUUGAGAUUUUCAGCAAUGGUAGAGACAAUUCUGCAAGAAGUGUGCUUAAUGGAAUUCGUUGAUUCCACUAUUAUGAUAUGCCUGCUCGAAUAUUUUUUGAUAAGGGCAUGGGAACAGGGCAACACAAUUACUGUAACAACGUAUAUCUUGUUACUGAUAUCUCUGACGUUUAACGUAUUUAUACUUUGUUACAUUGGUGACCUCCUCAUUGAGAAGAGUAGUAGCGUCGGAAUAUCGUGUUUUACGAUGGAUUGGUACAACUUGCCUACUAAAACAGUGCGUGGCCUCGUCUUAAUCAUCGCUAUAUCGAAUAAUCCUGCAAAAAUUACUGCCGGAGGGAUAGUUGAUUUAAAUUUAUCUACCUUUGGAAGUAUUCUUAAAACAUCAUUGGCGUACUUAAGUAUCCUCCGAACAGCCGUUGUUUGAUAAUUCAUUAAUUUUUCCACUAUUAUAAUACUAACUUGUAGAAUAAAAAGUAAAAGAAUUUACACAAUUCACUCUCUUGUUCAUGUCACAUUCUGGAGAUGUGUAUUUAUAAAAAAUUUCAUUAUUUUACAAAUAUAGCAAAAUAAUUGCUGUUUACAGAGCUAAUUGUACGUUGUACGUUCUAAAUUAAAACUUAU